GAGUUCCUUUUUUUUUUUAACUUUAUGCCCUCUUUGUUUGAAUUUGUUUUGCAAGGCGAGUGUAUUGUAUCAUUUCUCUCGUUGUAAAUGUAGUUAACAAUGUCUAUGAUUUCAGUCAAGGAGACAAGUUCCUUAGGUAGCAGUGAUGUCUGGAUGGAAAGUGUCCAGAAGCUCCGUUACAUUAAAGGUUAGCUUUUGGAUUCUGGCGCCUUUAGUCCUGACCACGUGUUCUUUAAGCCCCACGGGCCCGCCCCCAGCCGGUCCUCUACCGGGCCCAUCUGCCCGGCCUUGAGUCCCGGCACUUCCACGCCGCACAUGCUCACUCUCAGCAGGCGCGCGGAGUCCAAUGCGCAGGACCAGGGCCCCCUCCUCACGACCCCUCCCCUCGAGGCAUCCGUCGCGGUGUGUUUGCGUCAUCGCGCCACGCCACCACUAGAGCCCAGUUGAAGAUGGCGGCAGCCGUUCUCAGCGGGCCUUCUGCGGGUUCCGCGGCUGCGGUUCCCGGCGGGCCCGGGGGUCUCUCGGCGGUGGGCUCGGGUCCCCGUCUCCGUCUGAUGCUGCUGGAGAGCGUGUCGGGGUUGCUGCAGCCGCGAACGGGGUCCGCUGUUGCUCCUGUGCAUCCCCCAGCCCGCUCGGCCCCACAUUUGCCGGGGCUCAUGUGCUUAUUGCGGCUACAUGGGACGGUGGGCGGGGCCCAGAGAGGAGGAGGAAGAUGAAGAGGAGGAUGAGGAGGAGGAUUUUGAGGAGGAUGAGGAGGAGGAAGAGGAGUACUUUGAGGAGGAGGAAGAGGAGGAAGAAGAGUUUGAGGAGGAGUUUGAGGAGGAGGAAGGUGAGCUGGAGGACGAGGAGGACGAGGAGGAAGACGAGGAGCUGGAAGAGCUGGAAGAGGUGGAGUUCGGCCCGGCAGGCAGGGAGGUGGAAGGAGGAGGGCCUACGCCCCCGAGCCUGCCUCCAGCGCUGCCCCCUGCUGAGUCUCCCAAGGGGCCUCCGGAGCCAGGACUGGAACCUGGGCUGCUGUUGGAAGUGGAGGAGCCAGGGACCGAGGAGGCACCUGGGCCUGAGACGGCCCCCAUGCUGGCCCCUGAGGUGCUCCCCUCCCAGGGGGAGGUGGAGAGGGAAGAGGGGAGCCCCCCUACAGGGCCACCGCCUCAGGAGCUUGUGGAGGAGGAGCCCUCUGGGCCACCAGCCCUGCUGGAAGAGGGGGCUGAGGGUGGGGGUGACAAGGUAUCACCCCCCCCAGAGGCGUCUGCAGUGGAAGAGACGGAGGUGGAGGCAGCAGCUCUCCCCCCGGAAAAGGAGCAGCGUGACACUGCUGCCAUGCUGGCUGACUUCAUUGACUGCCCCCCGGACGACGAGAAGGCGCCCCCUGCCUCAGAGCCUGACUCCUAGCCUGCCCCACCUCGCCCUCUUCUUUUCCAAUAAAUUCACAUCCUUCGAUAGCAA